CUUCCCAUUUUGCUGCUCUUCUCUUCCCUUCCCUUCUCCUUCCCUUCCUUUCUGAUCCAGCUGCCAUGGCGAUGUCGGUUCAAAAGAAGGGCAGGAGCCGGAAGGCUCUGAAGGACUUGCUGCCGAGCGAGGUCAACAUCUCCGAUUCAUCCUCACUGGUGUGUGAUCUUAGCAAGGACGAUGGCGAAGGCCUCUCUCCCCGUGUCUCGCGCAAGAAUUCCAGGAAAGGGCCUGCGAAGUCCAAGCCUUCUUUGUCGGAGGCCGAGAAGUCCUUCGCGGACGAGUUGCUCCAGCUGCAGGGAAGACUCCAGCAGCUCCAACUCGAGAAAGAGAAGACAGAAGGGCUCCUGAAGCAACGCGACGAGAUGCUGAAGCAGAAGGAUGAGGAGAUCGAGAACCGAGACAAGGAACACGAGAAGCUGCAGGAGGAGCUCAUGAAGACCCAGAAGCUGAAAGAGUUCAAACCCACAAUGAACUUUCCUCUUGUUAAAUCUCUAAGAGAGAAAGAUCAAGAUAAGAAUGAUAAGAAGAAGAGCAAAGGAAAAAUUGGUGACCAGAAGAGGAAACCAUGCCCGGCAUACGUCUCGUGGUGCAAAGAUCAGUGGAACGACGUGAAAAAAGAGAACCUUGAUGCUGAUUUUAAAGAGAUUUCCAAUGUGCUUGGAACAAAAUGGAAGGCGUUGAGCGCAGAUGAGAAGAAGCCCUACACAGACAGGUACCAGAAGGAGAAGGAGGCCUACCAGGAAGUCGUCAAGCAAGAGAAGCGAGAGAAAGAAGCAAUGAAGCUACUGGAAGAAGAGCAGAUGCAGAAGACCGCCAUGGAGUUGCUGGAACAAUAUUUGCAGUUUCAACAGGAAGUUGAAAAAGAGGGCAAGAAAGCAAGGAAAGAGAAGGAUCCUUUGAAGCCAAAACAUCCGAUGUCAGCUUUCUUCUUGUUCUCGAAAGAACGCCGUGAAGCUCUGCUACAAGAGAAGAAAACCAUCCUUGAGAUCUCAAAGAUAGCAGGAGAGGAGUGGAAGAACAUGGCAGAAGAGCAGAAAGCUCCCUAUGAGGAGAUUGCUAAGACUCUGAAGGAAAAUUACAACCAAGAGAUUAAACUUUAUAAGCAAAAGAAGAUUGAGGAAGCUACUACUUUAGAGAAGGAAGAGGAGGAGCACAUCAAAGUCCGGAUGCAAGAAGCCCUCCAGCUGCUUAAGAAGAAGGAGAAAACAGAUAACAUGAUCAAGGAAACUAAGGAGAAUCGUAACAGGAAGAAGAAAGCUAAGGAAGAACAAAUUGCAGAUCCCAAUAGGCCAAAGAGGCCACCCUCUUCUUUCCUUCUCUUUAGCAAGGAAGCAAGGAAACAAGUCAUGGAGGAAAGACCAGGCAUUCCAAAUAAUACCUUGAAUGCUAUGAUUUCAGUGAAAUGGAAGGAAAUGAAUGAAGGGGAGAAGAAGAUUUGGAAUGACAAGGCAGCAGAAGGCCUUUGUGCGUACAAAAAAGAAGUAGAAGAAUACAACAAGGCUUUAAUGGAAAACAAGACUACUCCUAAAGAGUGAAGAUGCUUGUGACUGGUUCAAUUGGCAUUAUUGAACAUUAGCAACUUCUUGUUUGACAACUGAUGGUAAUUAGGCCCUAGACUCUUUGUAGUUGGCUGAUGUUUGUUUAAGCUUCAUUUCUGAAUGAAGCUUCCUCUAUCAAUGAAUUAAUUUGCCAUUUUCUAUUGAAUUGUAUGCAAUCAAAUUAUAUUGUAUCAGUCUUGAUACUCCAGAUUCUGAAGUCAAGAAAGCAUCUACUCACUCAGAAAUCCAUAUUCAUCA